AUGCCCAAGGAGCGCUUUAAUAUAGAUGCAUUUUGGUCGGAAAAGAAGAACCGUGGCGCAACCAGAGCUAAAGGGGCCCAUUUUCUAAAGCAGGAUAUAUCAGAGUUCGACGCAAAUUUUUUUACCCUACCAAAGAACGAUGUUGAGGCCACAGAUCCACAGCAGAGAAUCAUGAUGGAGGUUGCAUACGAAGCCCUAGAACGUGCUGGUCUGCCCCUCGACAAGAUUGCUGGAACUAGAACGGGUGUGUUCAUGGGAUCAUUUACUAGCGACUACAGAGAGGGCAUGAUUCGGGACCCAGAUAAUCUCCCUGCCAACACUGCAACAGCAUCACCUACGACUGCACUGUCGGCACGCAUAUCUUGGCUGUGGGAUCUGCAAGGCCCAUGCUUCACUUUAGAUACGGCGUGCUCUUCUAGUCUCGUGGCAUUGCAUCUAGCAUGUCAGAGCUUGCGGACAGGAGAAUCUGAUUACGCUAUCGUAGGCGGAACUUCGUUACUACUCAAUCCUGAAUGGUUCACAAGCCUUUCAAACCAGGGAUUCAUUUCGCCUGAUGGAAAAUGCAAGAGUUUCGACGAGUCUGGAGAUGGGUACGGUCGAGGUGAAGGCUUUGGAUGCGUAAUCUUGAAGCGUGUGGACGACGCAGUUUCAGCUGGCGACCCUAUCCGAGCAGUCAUCCGUGGGAGUGGCUCGAACCAAGACGGGCACACGAAAGGUUUUACUGUCCCGAGCGCCGAUGCGCAAGCGAGGCUCAUCACAGAUGUCUAUCGGGGGGCAGGAUUGGAUUUCAACGACACUAGCUAUAUUGAAGCUCACGGAACGGGCACGCAAGCUGGCGAUUUCCAAGAGACAACAGCACUAGCUAGGACAAUUGCUUCGACCCACACAUCGAAGAACAAGCUCAUCAUUGGCUCAGUGAAAUCAAAUAUUGGCCAUCUUGAGGCAGCUGCUGGUAUCGCCGGAAUUAUUAAAGCCAUUCUGACUGUUGAGUCUGGGAUGAUUCCACCCAGCAUCAACUUUAAGAAGGGGAAUCCGAAGAUCAAGUUCGACGAAUGGAAUCUCCAGGUCGCAAGACAGCUUACGCCAUGGCCUACUGACGGCGUGCGCCGCGUCAGUACUAAUUCGUUCGGAUAUGGCGGAACCAAUGCUCAUGCCAUCGUUGACGAUGCUGCAUCCUACCUCCAAGGACGAGGAAUUACCACGUCCCCGCACAUUACUCCGGAAGACCGCUCAAGACCGCGACUAUUUGUUUUGAGUGCUCAGGACAGGGAGGGACUCAAGCGCGUGAAAGAGCCACUGGCAAAAUACGCAGUGGACAAAGGUGCCAAAUUAGAGAGCGACAACAAGGGGACCAACGAGUUCCUCUCGCAGCUGGCAUACACCUUGAGUGAUCGGCGCUCCCAACUCCAGUGGAAGACAUACGCAGUUGCAUCAUCACCUGAUCAGCUUGCUGAGACGCUGAAUGACGACGAAAAUCCAGCCCUCGUCGCGCAGUCCUCUCGACAGCCUCGGAUCGGCUUUGUCUUCACUGGCCAAGGAGCACAAUGGCCCAGAAUGGGUAUGGAGCUUAUGGCCUACCCCGUCUUCCGAGAUCGUGUACAUGAGGCCGAUCGCUAUCUGCAGGAGGUGUGUGAAUGGCCUCGUUCCGCGGUAGAAGAGUUGGAGAAGGGCAAAUCGAGCUCGCAGCUACAUUUGGCUGAGUUCAGUCAGACGCUGUGCACUGUAUUGCAAGUUGCUUUGGUUGACCUCCUCCGAACGUGGGGAAUUGUCCCUACAGCGGUUGCUGGCCAUUCUAGCGGUGAGAUCGGGGCGGCCUACGCUAUGGGUGCCUUAAGCAAAGAAGAUGCAUGGCGGGUGGCCUAUUACCGUGGUAUUCUUUCUACAAAGAUGAAGACUAAAUCUCCCCACCUGAAAGGUUCUAUGAUGGCGGCUAGUCUCUCUCCUGAGAAGGCCGCGGAAUGGAUCGCUAAGGUGACAGAGGGUGAGCUGGUGGUGGCCUGUGUGAACUCGCCUACUACCGUGACAAUCUCUGGAGAUACCACUGGCAUUGAACAACUGCUUGAGAUGCUUCAGAAAGAAGAUAUAUUCGCACGGAAACUUCAGGUUGACACUGCAUACCACUCCCCCCAUAUGCAGACGGUGGCGUCAGACUACUAUAGGCUUCUUGCGGACCUUGUUCCCUUGGAUCCAACUGGAGACUGUACAAUGCACUCUAGCGUCGAGGGCUCUAUCAUUGAGCCCGAGCAGUUGGGGGCGCUGAACUGGGUGCGUAAUCUCGUCUCGCCUGUUCAAUUUGCCGACGCAAUGUACGAUAUGUUACGACCAGUGAGGGACGGCAAACGCGCAGACGAGAACGCUGUCGACCUGCUGGUUGAGCUUGGACCGCAUUCCGCGCUCCAAGGUCCGACGACGCAGACGCUCAAGGCACGCAAUAUCACCAACAUUCCGUACCAGUCAGUUGUUUCUCGAAAUCAAAACGCGGUAGGAACGGCCCUGAACCUGGCUGGCGCGCUAUGGGCCCAAGGCUACGAAGUGGACAUAAAGCAGGUCAACGGAGACGCCAGCAAUCAAUUCGCUGCGCCACUGUUCGACCUUCCUACCUACCCAUGGAAGCACGCCCAGCGCUAUUAUAAUGACAGCCGCGUUGAAAACGAGUUUUUGCAUCGACCCCGUCCCAAACAGAGCCUCAUUGGUGCACCUGCCCCCGCCAUGGGCGAGGGUGAAUAUAUCUGGCGGGGUUUUAUUCGCCUGGCAGAAGAGCCAUGGAUUGGCGAUCACCAGAUUCAAGGCACUGUCCUCUAUCCCGCGGCUGGAUAUCUUGCUAUGGCCCUCGAGGCCAUUACACAAAUCGCCGACACAUCUAAGCAGAUAUCAUAUUUCCGACUACGUGACAUCCAAUUGACCGCAGCUGCUAUAAUCUCCGCCGAUGCCGACGUGGAGUGCAUUGUUCAACUUCGGCCUCAUUUGGCCAGUACGCGUGAUUCGUCAUCCACAUGGACCGAAUUUACCGUCACCAGCUCGCCUGAUGGCAAGACGCUUGUUAAGAAUUGCUCUGGUCUGCUGAUCGUCGAGCAUGAGCCUGCCCCAGGCUCCGAGGCCGGUCAGGAGAAGGCGCUGAAGCUACGAUCGCUGACGGAUCACUACGUUGAAGCAAAAGCCUCCUGCACCAGCCAGAUUGACUCCGAAGAGUUUUACAAUGAUCUGGACACAAUUGGUUUGCAGUACGGCCCCACUUUUGCUAAUGUCCGCGAAGUCCGCAAUGGCAACGGAAAGAGUUAUGGAGUGGUGGAGAUUCCAGACGUGCCCGCUUCGAUACCCGAAGGUUGCGACAGACCUCACCUCAUUCAUCCAGGCACUCUAGAUGCUAUUUUUCACCUUGCAUUUGCUGCCAUUAUGGGUGACGACCCGCUCACGGCCAUGGUACCUAAGUCGAUUGACGAGGUCAUCGUCUCUGCCUACAUUCCCUGGGCCCCAGGAGUCAAGCUCCCCGGGUUUGCAACGUCGGCGAAGCAUGGCUUCCGUGAGCUCAAAUCUGAUAUCACCAUGCUAGAUGACAAUGAACAUCUUCCGGCUGUCAAUAUUCGGGGCUUUUUAUGCGCCGAGGUCGCCGGCGGCUCAGCAGGCAACACACAGGCUUUACCUAAAUCCAUCACCAGCGAGCUAGUGUGGAGGCCUGCCAUUGACCUAUUGCCGGCUGAUGAACUUCAGCGGGCUCUUGCUCCCUAUAAAGGGACGCAAAAGGUGGCCGAAUAUGUCAAGCUCCUUCACCAUUCAAAUCCAGCCCUCUCAGUAUUAGAGAUCGCAAACGAUUCCUCCCUGCUUGCUAGCGGUGACCUGUCUAACAUACUUAGUACCGGGGAGGUCACUAUCACAUGGAGAGAUGCUGAGUUGAAGACCAAGCUAGAUGAGAGCGCCCCGGAUGCCAUCAUUGAGUCCCUAGAUUUCACUGAGGAACUUUCAUCAGAGUCGCUCAAAGAACGAAAUUACGAUGUGGUCAUUUUAUCAGAUCUCAGCUCAUUCGAUUCACACACAGAGACUAUACUCUCAAACAUUGCGAAGGUUCUGAAGCCCGGCGGCAAGGUGUGCUUUGAUGCGGAUAAAAAUGCUGUCGCUAAGGUCCAGUCAAGAUCAUAUGCUAAGGAAAUACGCACGAAAGUUUUCCACUCAGCAGAACACAGUUAUGUCAUAGGACAGAAGAGCUUGCCCAGCGACAGCAGCAAUGGUACAAGCGGGCAUGCUGACCCGGAUCGCAUCACACUCAUCCAGCCCGCCAAAUUAAGCAAUAGGGCUCGAGCAGUGGCGUCUGAUGUUAGCACAACUCUCCAGGAUGAUGGUUACGAGAUCGAUACAUUUUCUUGGGGCUCUGACGUAUCCACACUUGCAGGCAAGACAUGUAUCUCCCUACUCGAGUUACAGGAAUCUAUCCUUCAGGACCUCGGCGAGAGUGACUUCGAGAACAUCAAGGAAACUCUCCUAAAUUCGGCAGGCGUUUUCUGGGUCACUGCUUUUGACGACCCGAGCUCGAGUAUGAUUGAUGGCCUGACACGAGUCGUACGCAACGAGACACCAGGUCUAUCUCUUCGCACAUUCCAUGCCGGCGGGGCUUCUCUCUCCUCCACCCCUCGCCUGGCUAAGUUGAUUAGCAUUGCAUUCAAUUCGGAGUCUGAAGAGGACGAGUAUUCAGUCAAGGAUGACCUCUUGCACGUUAGCCGUAUCGAAGAAAACGUUGCUUUGAACGAUCAGAUCAAUGACCUGCUUCCCGGCACAGCCCGUAAUAUCACUGAUAUGCCCCUGAAAGACUUACAGUUCGGUGUGAAAAUGAGCAUUCAGACCCCAGGCAUGCUCGAUUCAAUUUGUAUGGUAUUGGAUGAAUCUGCUGGAACAGUGCUUGAGCCUGAAUACGUUGAGAUCCAGGUGAAGGCUUCAUCAAUCAAUUUCCGUGACGUUAUGGCUGCGAUGGGCCAGCUCCCCGAUUCGAAACUCGGUCUUGACGCAGCUGGCAUAGUCCGUCGGAUUGGCAGUGAUGUAACGAACUUCAAGGUCGGUGAUAGAGUGGCAGUAUACGGUCACGGCUCGCACAGAACUAUUCAUCGUACUCGAGAAGAGCUUUGCGCCUUGAUACCCGAGGGAAUGACCUUUGAGCAAGCUGCCUCUGUCCCAGCAGUCCAUGGUACAGCGUGGAACGCGCUUGUGCGGCUGGCUAAAGUUCAAAAAGGACAGUCAGUCCUCAUUCAUGCUGCUGCUGGUGGAGUCGGUCAAGCAGCUAUUCAGAUUGCGAGACACUUCGAAAUGGAAAUCUUCGCAACUGUCUCAUCUGAUACCAAGAGGGAGUUACUUCGUAGCACGUAUGGGAUCCCCGACGACCACAUCUUUAACUCACGAGGCCUCGAUUUCGGAAAGGGUAUCAAACGCAUGACAGAAGGGCGUGGUGUCGACGUUGUCCUCAAUUCACUCGCAGGUGAAGCUCUUCGCCAAACGUGGCACUGCAUCGCUCCGUUUGGCUACUUUAUCGAGAUCGGUCUACGAGAUAUCCUUGCCAACACGGGCCUAGACAUGUAUCCGUUCAAGCAAGAUGCAACGUUCUCUUUCUUCAAUCUCAAUCAUCUUGAGGAGAGCACGCCAGAGACCCUUGCCACUAUCGUCGAGGGCGCCUUCGAUUAUUUCCGCCGCGGAAUAUCAAAGCCGAUUGAACCGCUUGUCAGCCACCCUAUUUCCGAAGUUGAGAGUGCCUUGCGUCAGAUGCAGGCGGGCAAGUAUCUGGGUAAGCAGGUCUUUACCUGGGGCGACGACGAUGUCGUACCGGUUGUCCAACCCCCCAGGAGUACCCUUCAGCUCGACCCUGAAGGGGUUUAUGUGCUCUCUGGUGGCCUCGGAGGACUUGGAAGGAGUCUCUCAAUGAAAUUGGUUGAGCUCGGCGCCCGAAAAAUCUGCUUCUUGUCCCGAUCUGGCGCCAAAUCCGCCGGCGCAAAGGAAUUGGUCCACGACCUCGAGCACCUCAAUGUCCAGGUACAAGCGCUUGUGUGCGACGUCGCCAACGACAGCGCAGUCGCCGCAUCGAUCGCCAAAUGCACAAAAGAACUUGGCACUAUUCGUGGUGUCUUCCAAUGCGCUAUGGUCCUCCGUGACACCCUUUUUGUCAACAUGUCGCACCAGCAAUGGCUUGAGGCCACACGUCCAAAAGUCCAAGGCAGCUGGAACCUAUCCAAACGUCUUCCCAACGUUGACUUCUUCGUCUCCCUUAGCUCUUUCGCCGCCGUCUACGGCAACCGUGGGCAGACCAACUAUGGUGCCGCGGGAGCCUACGAAGACGCGCUAGCUCAUCACCGUCGUGCUCAAGGACUGCGCGCCACAACAGUCGAUCUCGGCAUCAUGCGCGAUAUUGGUGUGUUAGCAGAGACCGGCAUCACAGAGACCUUGAGAGACUGGGAAAAGCCCUACGGUAUUCGAGAGCCCGAGUUCCACGCUCUCAUGGAACGCGCCAUCGAGGGCGAUAUCCAAGGUACAGGUGGGCCGCAAGUCAUGACUGGUCUCGCCACAGGUGGCAGUGCCGUCGCCGCAGGAAUCGACCCUCCUUUCUACCUCGACAGCAAGCGCUUCAGCGUCAUGGCUCUCACCGGCAUGCGCAACCAGAGCGCUGGCGGGGCUGCCUCCGAUUCUACCUCAGCACCAACACAUACUCUCAUCGCAGCAGCGGAAUCUCUCGAGGAGGCAGCUACCGCUGUCACCAAUGCACUCGUCAAGCAAGUUGCUAAGAUGCUGCAGAUGCCUGUUGAAGAGAUUGAUACCGAGCGCUUCUUGCACAGUUAUGGUAUCGACAGUUUGGUGGCGAUUGAGCUAAUGAACUGGGCGCUGAAAGAGUUCAAGACUACUGUUACGGUGUUCGACGUGUUGGCUGGUGUGCCAAUAUCGAUCUUCGCAGCGAAAUUGGCAGCUAAAAGCACGGUCUUACCCAAGGCUUUGGUGCCCUCGUGA